UGGCAGAAAAUAAACAAGCAAAACUGAUAGCUAUAAUGGUUUGGCGUUUCUUCAUAAGUCCGUAAUUAUUAUAGUCAUGUUUCCUUCUUCGGGUUAUUUCAAAGGUCUUAACUGUCCAUACUUCCAAAGUGGAUUGUGUGAAAGACCGUAUUGUCAUUUCAGACACGUGAAAAAUGGAAAAGAUGCAAAUGUAUCCAACAGUAAUGCCAUUUCAUCAGUGUGUAACAAUGGGAGACGUGCUUCAGUCUCAGCAGAUAAUGCUGUUGUUUCAACUCCAGUUGGCCCCACAGGAUCAAAAGUUUUCCUGUCUGAAAAAAGAAACACUUACAACUUGGAACAGAAUCUCGAAAUUAGUGCCAAAACCAGUGACAUUCCUGACCUUCCUCUUUGUGUAUCUUCCACCUCAGAACCCACCUAUGACCCAACCCCGAAAUCUCUAGUCGGAGCUGUUAAGUCGGCUCACCUUCAUGAAGAAUAUGAUCCUCUUGGUUUGUCAAAUUACAAUGUUGACAGUAUGCCUACUUAUUUGCCUGGCAGUUUGUCGGACAAGGUUGAAAUCACUUCUAAUACUCAUGAAAGCACAUCAAAGAAAACAGUUUAUGUACCAGAAAGUAUUCCAGAAUAUGUUCCCAGUUCAGUGCCUGAAUAUAACCCGACUCCGAUUAAUAAACUGAAGAAGGUUAAGACCUUACAUGGAACAGACUUAGAGUAUGAUCCAGUCAGUAAUUUUGCGUACUCAUCCAAUACAUCAGCUAUCAAUGAUAUCACAGAAGUGCAGUACAUUCCUUUAAAAAGGGCACGUUUUGACGAUUUUCCCAGUGCAGAUGUAGAUGCUAUGAGCGUGGAUGGCUUUGGUGAUUCAGAUAGUGCUAAAUUCAGUGACAGUGAUGCUGUGAGUGAAAACAGUGUAGCCAUUGAUUCUGGACCAGCCACAGAAAAUGAUAAUGAAAAGAAUAAUGUGGAUUUGUAUGUUGUUAAAACAUGUUAUAAAGAUACACUGGUGGGAGAUGAAGUCCAGACAAAUUCAGCUGAGAGAUCUAAAGAUUCAGUUGAAAGUGAUACGGCUGUAUCAGAGAAAAUUUCAAGCACCUCAGAACCAAACAAUGUAUCAAAAAGUACCAAAAAGGAUAAAGUUGAGAAGGUUACUAAAAGCAAGACAAAGAAUAACAUUGAAAGGACUAGCUCAGCUUCAGGGACAGAUUCGGCAGUGAAAAAUCACACCAGUGCUACAAAAACAAUUACAGAUAAAAAGGGAAAACAUAAAUCUUCCUCUAAUAUUGAAGGAAAGGAUUUGAAAAAGGAAAAAGAAAAAUUGUUAGUGAAAAAAGAAAUCUCUUCAGAGAAAUCUCAGCAGAAAUCUGCAUCAACGAUGUCUUCUUCAAACUCUGCAUCAAAGUCAUCAUCAUCAAAAUCUGCCUCUAAACAUUCUUCCUCCUCAUCAGUAAAAUCCUCAUCCUCAUCAGCAUCUAAAUCAUCCUCAGCAGCUAAAUCAUCAUCAGUAAAAUCAUCCUCAAAAAGUGUUCCAUCAAAAUCUUCCCCUCACCAGACGUCUAAACAUACCUCAACUUCCUCCAAGUCAUCAAACAAGGACACCUCAGCAAAGUCUAAUGCUAAACAGUCAAACAGCAUUCAGCCCAAAGACAAACAUUCUGUGAAAAAACAUGAAAAUGUUUGUGUUACUCCUACUAGUCAAGAUGGUAAGAAAAGUCUUUCAAGGCAUCAUUCUAAGUUUGAAAAGGAAAAUGUGAAAGGUAGUACAGAGAAAGCAAAUACUUGUGAUAACAGAACUAAGCCAUCUUCUAAUACCCAGUCAAAACAUGAAGGUUCACAAGGCUCUAAACAGGUGACAAAGACUAUCUGUGAUGAUUUGUUUGGACAGGACAGUGACUAUAGUGAUCUCAGUGAUUUGGAUGAAGAUGUCCCCAGCAAGUCUCGGGAAAUGACGGAAGAGCAGCUACAACAGUUUCUUGAGGACAGUGACUUUGAAUAUGAUGGCGAUACCUAUGACGAAUGCCUUAGGAUAUUUAAUGAAGGGAUUGCUAAUUCUGCUCAGUCUAAUAAUUCAGAAAAAAAGAAGUUCCAGGACCAGUCAUCCCAUUUAGUUCCUUCUGUACAGAUGAAGAAGAGGGUUGCUCACCAUGGAUCUGAAAAAGCAGAACGAAGGUUUGUAGAAAAAGCCAGAACAAAGAUGAGUCCUGGAGAGGUGAUGCACAACAGAACUGUUGCCAUGCAGAAGAAAGCAAUGGAGGCAGAAAUGUUGAAAAAAGCAGAGUCUGAAGCCAUUUCAAAUGCAAUUUCUGCAAAUGUUGCCUUGUUUAAAAAUGGAAAAAGUCGUUUGGCCCAUAAAACCAAAGUGUUUGACAAGUUAUCUCGAGACAAAGAGGAAGGCCGAACAUCUGCUAUCACUGUUGUUAAAGGAGAAAACCGCAAAGCACACACUCCAACAUUGAGCAAUGUGAAGCGGCCCACGAUUCCAACAGAUUUUGGCAGCAAGGUCCCCACUAACAUCAGACAGCGUUACCUGAAUCUCAUUAUCAACGAGUGCAUCAAGCUGUGUAAAACAGAGGAAGAGGCAUAUGACAAGGCCCAAGAUGAAGAAAAAGCAGUAUAUCAAAGAGCAACAAACAAAAAUAUCUACGUCAGAGUGGCUGCUAAUGCCAUUGUACGCCUCAGAAAAGAUGUACAGAAUAGAGAAGGCUCGCCAACAAAAACUUUCUAUUGUGGCAAACAGUCUCACAAGGCCACGCUGGAUGGACGAAAGGCAAUAACGACAAGUUUCACCAUUAAUAGAUCUGGAAAAUCGUUGUCAACUAAAACAGCCGACUUUAAAGGUGCUGAACUAUAUAAGCGACUUCAGACGUAUGUAUUGACUGAGCAGCAAUUGAAGGAUAAUGGUUUUCCACUUCCCAACCCCGAUGCUGGUGGAUGUGCCAUAUUCUACACUGAAAGCCAACACAAGGAUGUUUCACUGAAACAACAUGAAAAGAACUGCUCUCGGUGUGGGAAAAGGUUUAUCGUGUUUCCAAAUGGAAAGUAUAAUUCAAAAGAAGAAUGUAUUUAUCAUUGGGGAAAGGCAUGGAAGAAAAAAGUCGCUGGCUCACUGGAAACCAGAUAUACGUGUUGCGGAGGUGACCUGGAUUCAGAAGGUUGCUCCAUUUGCAAGCUACAUGUCAGUGAAGAUAACAAGACGAAAAACCUGUCUGGUUACAUGAAGACUAUUCCAUGCUCACCCCCACUUGAUGGAGACUAUGGUGUUUAUGCCAUGGAUUGUGAAAUGGUGUACACGAAUAUUGGCUUGGAGUUGGCAAGGGUUACCGUUGUAGAUUCGGAUCAGAAAUCAGUAUAUGAGACUUUCAUAAAACCAGAUUUUCCAGUCAUUGACUACAACACAAGAUUCAGUGGAAUAACGGAGAAGGAUAUGAACGGGGUUCACACCACCCUGAGAGAUGUACAGGCUGUCCUCCUCAGCUUGUUCACAGACAGAACAAUUCUCAUGGGUCACAGCCUGGAGAGCGAUCUGGUCGCCGUCAAGCUCCUGCACCGGGUUGUCGUGGACACGUCGGUGGUUUUUCCUCACCGACUUGGCCCUCCGUACAAACGAGCAUUGCGUAACCUGAUGGCAGAUCAUCUCCAGAAGAUUAUCCAGAAUGAUAUUGGUGGCCACGACAGUCAAGAAGAUGCACUGGCCUGUAUGGAACUGAUGCAGUGGAAGCUGAAAGAGGAUGCCAAGAAAGAAGCUAGAAACAGCUGAUGAAGAGAACAAAUUACACCCACAUGUCACAUACCUUUUGCCAUAUGUUUGUUUUCUCAUGUCAUAUGUACAUGGUUUAUUAUCUGUAUUUAUGUCAACGUUGAUUCUCGGUUUCUUUCAGUCACAGUGUGUUAGAUGUAGUUACACCUUUAUGUUAUGUUAUUUAUUUUAGCGGCCCUUGUUUUGUUACUUUGUUGCCACCGUAAACAACUGGGAUUCCUUAUUUGAGUCGUGUGCUAAGGAAUUCAGUAGACAGGACCAUCAGUCUUAAGUAACUUGACCGAACAGAAUUACAAUUUAUCUGUAGAAAGUAUUGGAGUUGUCUUCCCCUUGAUAAUCUACCAGAAUGUGGCAAAUAUAAUGCCAAUCUUGAGUUAAAGUUGUAGUCAUUAAUUUUGUGAGUGUGUUGUUCUUUAAUUUCAAAGCCAAUUUAGGCUUUUCCUAUGUAAGACUAUGUAGAUGAUCAUGACACUGAAAACCUUCAACUUACAGAUCUGGUAAAAAAACGGCAGACCUUUUAUUUAUCAGGUAUGGGGAUACAUAGGCUACAUAACUAUAAGCUACAUUAACUGGUUGAUCUCAGUGAAACCAAUGUAGCUCAGUGAUAGAGCAACUGCUUAUGGUAUGAUAGAUUAUAGGAUCAAAACUGGCAAUCAGACAGUGCUGAACAACUGAUAUAGUAAAAAGGCCAUGGUAUGUGCUGUCCUCUAUGAGGAAAAGUCAUGUUACUGCCAAACACAAAAAGUAGCUUACGUUACAGUACCGGUAGUGGAUCUCUUUGUUACUAAAUUAAUAUAACGUUUGAUACCUAAUACUGUUAGAUCUAAAUACCAAUAAUAAUUUUUAAAUAUUAUUUUUGCUUUGAUAUACAUGGAUGAAAGACCAACAAUAAGAACUGGUUAUGUCCAGUCUUUAAAAAAACUACAGUAGUUUUCUACUAUUUCACAUUUGUUAUUUUUAAUAAUGUUUUGUGUUGGGGAGGGAGUUUAAUCUACAUACAUGUAAUAAUGUAGUGUCCAGGGGUACACAUGUAAUAUGAAGUAUGUAAAGAUAUAUAAUUUAAAUAAAUAACAGCUUUCUUUUCGGUUUGUUCCAACAUAUUAAAACUUUUUUUCUGACAAAAACUUAAGAUUAAAAAUAGCAUGGUUUGGGUAGCAAACAUGUUUUAAAAGAGCUUCAGAGCAUAAGACUAUUUUCUUUGUUACUUAAACCUCUGUUUAUUUAUUUAUAAUGCUGUGAACAAAUCUGCAUUGGCAAUGUUCAUGUUUGGGGGGGUUUCUGAACUAUUUGAAAGAUUUCCAUGAAAAAUGAUGAUCAUUAUUUGUACUCCUGCAGGGCUAAUUCAGGCAAUUGCCAACUUCGUCAAUUGUGAAUUUUGAAAGCAUUUGGCAAAUUUUAUUUUAAUUUGGUGAAAUAAUUUCAUGUAACAACUGACAAUUUAAAGAAAAUAACUGUUGAUUUUUGCAAUUUUUGAAGUUUAAUAGAUAAUUUGGCGAAAUUGUUUGCUCACGCAGAGCUAGCCCUGUCCUGUGACACAUGAAGUUACAUUUUGUCUCAAUGUUCAUUGUUACUAUGGAACCAGCUUGUUUGUCCGAUACUGUGCUGAAGGCAUUUGUCAUCAUCACUAUGUGUUAACAUGAACAUUUAUAAAGCUGUGGUAUGGCAACCUGUAAAUACAUGGCCAGUUUUACUGGUCUUCACUUGUUAUUUGUGCAAUAUAUUUGUUGUUCUAUGACAAAUUUGGUCAUUUAUUGUAAUAGUUCAUAUGUGCUAUGUUUAUGAAACAAGCUUUGCUUUGAUGUAAAUGUAUAUUCUUUAUAUCGUUUUGAUGUUUUGAUAAUAAAUUACUAAAUUCCA